AUGGGAGACUCUGAGGAGCGGAUUGAGGAAUGUGAGCCGAGCCCUCAGUGCAUCGACGAAGUGGGAACAUGUCCGAAAGGCCUCACCGAAGAAUCACGACGGUUCAUUAAGGAUGCAAAGUUGCGUAUGGAGGCAUCGGAAUGGGGCCUUGGCGAAGCACAACGGCGCCUUGGAGAAUCCCAACGGUGCAAUGACGAAGCACAGCGACGCCUUGGAGAAUCACAACGGACCGUCAAAGAACAACAACGACUGCUUGUAGGAGCACAAUCGGACUUCAGCAAGGCGGCGUGGCUCCUCAAGGCAGAUCUCGAAGCAGCACAGACCGGCACUGAAGAAGAACAGAUGCGUCGCCAAUCGGUGCACGAUCAUAUUCUCCUUGGACAGGGCAAACUUGGAAAACUAAAUCUUGCACUUGAAGAGGUACAAGAGUCAGAACGGCGGGCCGGUGGGAUGGUAGAGCGGCGUCUCGAAGCACUACAGAAGGCCGCUAAGAGAGAAGAACUGCGCGUCACGACAACAUUCAAGGAGAUCAUGGACGAAACAUUCCGCCUGGAUUCGGUUGCCGCGAGCAGAAAUCCCGAUCCCUCAUCAAAGACGACUCUUCGAACUCCUUGUCGUCAGCAGGAAGGUCCCCUCGUCUCUGACUCGCUUACAGAAAACAUCAUAAGCCGCCCUUUCUGCACCCAAAAGUGUCUGCUAGGGCUGGUCCGAGGGGAGUUGCUCGACAAGCAAUGUCCUAACGUGUCUCUCCAUUGCGGCAAGCGGACGGCGUGCGAUCACCUACACAAACAUCGGCUCAAUCUUCAAGACUGGCUGGACAUCUUGCACAAGCAGCUUACUGUAUCGCUAGACGCUAUCUGCGAGGGGCUAGGAAGAGAAGGUGACACGGGCUUUCUGUUGUACAUCGCCCCAAAUUUGCAUGGAUACACUCUUGUCGCGAAAGGCACUACCCGCGACAAAGUACCCUAUCUCCGUCACGAAGCUACGGUCUAUCAGCACAUACGAGCGCUGCAAGGGAUUUGCCUGCCGGUGUAUCUGGGAUCUCUUGAUCUGAUCCAUGCACACGAGUGCGACCACAUGUAUGGACCUCAAGAACUCGUUCACUUGAUGUUUCUGUCUUCGGCGGGAGAGGAUUUGGAUACAGAUAAUGCCUCGAAAGACGACAUAGCGACCUGGACUCGGGAACUUCGCCGCACAGUCGAGGCGGUUAACAAAGCCGGCGUGAUACACAACAGCCUCAAACCCAGCAAUAUGCUUUGGAACAAAGAGGUCGGUCGGCUCAUGUUAGUGGAUUUCGAGCGGGCAGAAAUUUUGACGUCAAGCAAGCGAACGUGCACCGAAGAUGAUACUGAUUGUGGACCUGAAUGGAAGAAGCGCAAAGGUUCGCCCUACAAGUCUGGUCGGACAAGUGAGAAGGGACGGUUGAAGGGAGUAUUUGGGUAG